AACAAACGAAUUGACGCUCCAUUCCAGGAACAAUUCUGUUAGCUCAACGCAAUCGCUCUAUAGGCAAUAAGCUAUCGUAAGAUACCAAAAUCAACUUUGUAUGACUUGUAGGUCAGAAAACAACUCAGAACAUUUUCCCGUUCCCACGAUUGUCUCCCAAACCAAAGAUCGGAAAACAAACCAUCUCCAUCCAAAGAUCCGAAAUCGUCCAGAGUUCAGAGGGCAAAUCGACAGAUUCACUUGCCCACAAGAGAAAAGGUUAUAACAUAUUAGCUGUUCUCUCCUGUUUUUGUGUUUGUGAAAAUCAAUUUGUUUAAUUAGUGCGAAAAAGUUAACAAUUGAUUCUAAUUGGAAGUGGUGACAUCUUUUUGUUUAAAUUAAAAGAAAAUUUUUUUUAUUAAUCACUUUGACUUUUGAUCUUCAAAAACCAAUUUUAGUUCUUGUUAUUUGUGCUUAAUUGUCUCAUCUUGUAAUUUCAUUGGUAAUUUGUCACAAUGGUUGAUCCUGGUGGGAAAGGAUCAUUUGAUUAUCGUAGUUUAUUAGAUGAUGAUGACGAAGAUUCUGACAAUGAUGAUGUUACUUGGAAGAGGAAAAAAUCUCCCUCUUCUUCAUCGACAACUGUAACUUGUGUCUCUGGUGAUGAUCAUUUUUCAAGACGAUCAGCUGAACCAUUUACAGUUAAAAGGAGCAUCAAUUUUGACGAAGAGAUACUUAAACAACCAAUUACCCGAACAAUUACCAGAACAAUUGAAGUGAAUAAACCACCGCCAAUCAUUUUAUCUCCAUCACCAUCAAAGAUCAGUUCACCUUCGGAAUCUGUUUGGAAGCGACUUAGUUUUCCAGAUUUACGGAAUCGAGAAUCACCUCAACCCUCAACCUCAACAUCGACCCAACGUGUUAACCUUACGUCUCUUAAACCACCGUCAUCGUUUGCAGGGGAAAAUGAACUGUCACCUCCAAUUGUGCAAAGAAAACCAAUUACCCCACCAAGUAGUUCGGAUGUCGUGCGGUCAAGAUUGGCACCAAUGGACUUUGAGACACCAGUUCAACAACGGCCACCGAUUCCCGAUACACUUGAGUUUAAGGCUCCACUUGCUCCACCCCGACCAAAGUAUCAUUCAGACAGACACCUUGACUUGGACACUUUUGUUAAGCAAAUAAAAGCGGAAAUGUUAUUCCAUCAGUCAUUAGAUCGCAUCUAUAAUCGGUCACUUCGAGAAUUACCAGCUAUGAAAGCGAUUCCCGAAUUCGAGGGUCUAGUCAAGAAGGUAAUUGAAGGUGUUCUCUUUGACCCUGAAGUUGAAUUAAACGAAGAUACUGUUCAUAAAGUACUCAAAAUAUUGGAUCUUUUCGACCUUGACAACACAUCGACUUGGACAUUUCUCAUCGAUCAUUGUUACACUUUGAUUACCAAAAAUGCCGAUGCUCAUUAUGUGCGAAUGGCCAAAUUUAUCGAAAUGUCUUUCAAUCAUCUUUUCGCUAAGAAAAUAAGACUAUUACCAGCAACGGCACUUUCGUUAUUCAAAUUAGCUCAAGUUCGUCCAUUUGAUCCGGAAAAGAAACCAACGGCCAGAAUUAAAUUAGGAACAAUUAAAGCGGAUUUAAGUGGAAUCAAACCAAAUUGAUCAUUUUUGUUUCCAUUUUUCCAUCAACAAUUUAUGUUAACUGUAAAUUUAAUCUACCAUUAAUACUUAAUCACCAGUGUUACUAUUUACAUUAAUCAUCAUAACCUUUAUGACUUGUUAAUUGUUUACAGUUUAAAUUGUUUCAUUUUGCAAUCAAAUCAAUUCUUGUUCUCCCAUUGACAAAAUAAAUUCUGUUGCACGUAA